CUGAUUUCUUGUUUGUUUGUAAACAAAAAUCAGAUGUGGUGAAAAUAGGUGCAAUUUGUGAGGUUAUGUUUGCCACCUAGAUGCUGUGAUCAAAGAAAUAAUUAAAACAGCCCGGCUUCUUGUCAGAAUGGACGUGAUGGACAUAAAGAUUGAAAAGGAAGAGAUCUUCCUGAACACAGUGAUGGAUGAGAAGCUUCCGGAAGAGCAGAUACAAUUCAAUUCCAAUGAGAAACCCAUAAAAGUGCCCAAAAAGCCCAAAGAAAACUUCCUGAUAAAAGAAGCCCCAAAAGAUGACGAAGAAUGUGGUGAGAUUUUCGUGAAUUCCUCUCACCUGAAGCACCACAUGGUCACCCACAGUGCCACAAAGAACUUCCCCUGUCCCUUGUGCCCACGCACUUACGUCAGGGAGAUCAGCCUCAAGCGUCACAUUCCCCUUCAUGACAACAUAAGUGGAAGUCUCUGCAAUCUCUGUGGGAAAAUCUUCACAUCAACCCAAUCCCUCAAGGCUCAUCAUCAGCGGCAUCUAGCUGAGAAGAAGUUCAAAUGUGCUGAGUGUGGAAGGACAUUCAGUGAUAAGCAGGACAUGCGUCGUCACAUUCAGCGAAUUCACCGCAGCUCAGAGCAGCCGGAAAAUCUCACCGAGAAAACCUUCCGGUGCAGCAUCUGUGGGAAGAUCUUCUGGAAUAAGACUCUCCAUGAGAGGCAUUUGGUGACGCACAGCGAAACGAGGGACGUCUCGUGCCCAAAAUGCCCGAAGAAGUUCAAAAGUAAACUCCAUCUGAGGGAGCACAUGCCCGUGCACAGCUCACAGAGACCCUACGUGUGUGACAUCUGCGGUCUGGCGUUCAGGAAGAGGACAGACUUGAGGAUGCACCGAACAACGCAUCUGGGGAAGAGCAUCAAAUGCUUCUACUGCAGUAUCCCCUUCAAAGAUGCUGAAAGACGAAAGAAGCACAUUCAGCUGCAUCAUCGGGGACUUCCGGUGGACAAAACAGAUGGUCCAGUUACCUGCACGAUUUGCCAGGAAGACUCUAAAAAUCUCGACAUGCUCCAGAAUCACAUUAAUGAAACUCAUCCACCGGAAGAUCCCUUUAGCUGUGAGAUUUGUGAGAAGAAUUUCAUUGAGAAGGAAGCCCUCAAGAGGCACAUCCGCAACAUUCACGACAGAGAUCUGGCCAGCAGUGAAUUUAUUUGCCCUCACUGCCAGAAAGUUUUUAGGCGGAAGUACUCCCUCACGCGACAUCUCAAUGUCCACACAGCACGGAAGUCGCAGUUUGUGUGCAAAAUAUGCGGAUCGAAGCAUAAGUAUGAAUACAAUUUGCGGAAGCAUGAGCUUGCGCAUCAGAUCAGGGAGAAGAUUAAGUGCCUACACUGCAGGGAGAUCUUCAGUGAGAGGAAGGACCUGGAUAGGCACGUUCUGGUGCAUCACAUGAAAGGAAUCUCCGUUGCUGCCUUUGUGACAACCAUUGAGAUUACAAAUGAGACUGUUACUGCAAUAAAGAGGGAAGAAAAAAGUAUCCAGGAAAUGGAGAUUAAGAAGGAGAAGGAGGAUUAUAGUCCCUGGGAUGCUUCCCUGCAGUCUAUGGUUGUUAAAGAGGAAUUUAAGCUCGAAGAACCCGAUGAUCCCUUCAUGGAAGACAAUAAAGGAUCCAUCCCCGAGGCUUCUCCUCCGGAAACCGUCACAUUUGUAGUGAAGGAAGUAGAUGAAGAAGAAAACUCCCCAGAUUGUCCGUCACUGAGAAAGUACGCCAGGCUAUCUCCAGUUCUGAGUGUUAAAUGUCCUGAGUGUGACAAGAUUCUCAUUACACAACAAGGUCUUUACUGGCACUUAAAGAAUCACUUUAAGGAAACUCAAAAAGAGUCCAAAUCUCGAAGGAAAAGUAAAAAAUCCGAUAACUCUGAGCAGGCGAAGAAGGCCAGUUUGAACUGUUUAGAGAAGUUAGAUCAGCCAAAGCAACAAAGUAAGUCGGAGCAGUCAGUUAAGUCAGAACAUUCAGGGGUGGCGGAGAAGUUGGAGCACUCAAUUAAGGUAGAGCCGUCAGAGCAGUUAGAUGAGUCAGUCAGGUUAGAAAAGUUAGAGCAGCAGGACAGUGAAGCGGAUCCCAACAAGGAUCUCAAGUAUAAAUGCAAGGAUUGCGGCAGAGCUUUCAGUGCUGUAAUCGCUCUAACGCAGCACCUGAAGACUCAUCUAACCAAAGCCUACACUGCAAUCUCAUGCCCUUUGUGCCAGGCUGUCUUUGUACGGGACUACGACCUAAGGCGUCACAUAAAGACUCAUUCCAGACAAAAAGAGUUUCCUUGCUACAUUUGUCAGGAAGUCUUUCUCUACAGGCAGAGUCUCAAAAAUCACAUGAAAACUCAUCAAUCUGAUGAAGUUUUGAUAGUUAAGAGGGGACAGGAUACUGAACUCUUCGCGAGAGAUUCUGGGGCUGAAAUGGAAAUUGAGGCUGAACCGGAUAACGUAUUAGUUGACUAUUCAAUUGUAAAGGAAGAAUACACCAUCCAGGAACAGGAAUCUCCUCCUGAUGCUCAUUCAUUGUGCCCAAAAGAAGAGCCAGAGCAGGAUUACAUUAUCCCGGAAGAGGUGGUGGAAAGAGUGAAAGUUAAAGAGGAGCCAGAGGAGUAUCCUCCGGAAGAAGAUGAAACAAUAAAAGAGGAAGUGGAGGAUGUUGAAGAACCUGAAGUGAAGGACAAAGAAGAAGAACAACAAAAGGAAACAGUUCAGUUUGUGAUCCAAGAACUCCGGGAGAGGAAGCAUGAAUGCCCUGUUUGUCACAAAUUCUUCUUCACUCUGGGUCACAAGAAUGAACAUCUCAAAAUUCAUUCAAGCGAGAGGAAGUUUCAAUGCCCCAACUGCCCAAUGGCCUUCCCAUGUGGGAGUCGGCUGAAGAAACAUUCAAUGGUUCACGAGAAUAAGGACAUUCCGUGCAAUAUUUGUGAGAAACGCUUCAAGAAUCUCCGAUCUCUGGGCCUACACAUGGAACUUCACAGCAAUACGGAGAAGAUUGAAUGUGAGCUGUGCCAGAAGAUGCUGAAGACGACGCGUAGUCUCAAGGAGCACUACCUCCGUAUUCAUUGCAGUGAAACAGCCAAUAAGAUCUACAACUGCGACGAAUGCGGGAAGGAAUUUGGGCUGAAGAAUCAUCUGAAGAAGCACAUGGUUACGCACAGUCAGGAGAAGAAUUAUGUCUGCAAAGUUUGCUCAAAGCGCUACAAGCAUCCCUAUGAUUUCCGGAGGCACGAGGAGACCUGCAGUUUAGAGACAAAAGAUCCCUUCAUCUGCAACAUCUGCGGCAAGGAUUUCGAGAGUAUUAGAGGACUCGUGGCGCACAGGAAGAAGCACAUAAGAGUCCUCACGGGAUGCUACUACUGCGAAAGGAAAUUCUCCUAUUCCAAUAAUCUCAUUGAUCACAUAAAAGACGCCCACAGGGGACUUCCCACUAAAAAAGUUGGAGAUGGUUUUGUUUCCUGUUCAGUUUGCUACGGGAUUUUUGAGAGUCUAGAUGUCCUCAAAAAGCACGUAAGGAUACACCAAAAUGAUCCGCAAACAGACCCACAGACAGAACUUCAAAGGCAGCCACAAGCAGAACCUCAGCAAGACCCUCAAAGAGAGUCUCAACCAGAACUUCAAAGACAGCCUCAAGAACCUCUAUUACAUCCACAGGCAGAGCUUCAAUUAAAGCCUCAACUAGAACUUCUACCUCAAAGAGAGCCUCAACCAGGACUUCAACCAGAACUUCAACCGGAACCUCAACCGAAGCUUCAAGCAAACCUUCAGCAAACUUCCAAUGAUGUAAUCAGCAACCAAGCAAUUCGAGAUUUUUCUGACUUUCUCUCUGGCUUUUUGAGGGGCAUUCCUGACAUUCCUUUUAAUCCCGAAGGAGCAGCAACAGAGCCAAAGGAUGACGAAUAGAACAGAUUUUUUUUUAAAAUAAAAUUCAAACUCAAGGA